GCCCGCUAGUGCGGUCGUGAGUUGCGACGCGCGCGCGUCGUCGUCGUCGUCUUCUUCCUCCGCUCAUCUCUCUCUCUCUCUCUCUCUCUCUCUCUCUCCAAUGGAGUUUCUGAAGCGCGCGAUACUCCGAAUCGCGUCCACCCCCGACGCGCGCCUCUCGGAGCUCCCCCGCCUCCACCGCCGCCUCCUCCUCCCCAUCCUCUCCUCCGCCUCCGCCCUCUAUCGCCUCUCCCUCCUCCUCCGCCGCUGCCGCCGCCUCCUACUCUCCCCCCACAGGGUUUCUAGGUUGCCGGUGCCGGUGAUAAGCGUUGGGAAUGUGACGUGGGGUGGCAAUGGAAAGACACCCAUGGUGGAGCUCAUCGCCCGAUUCUUCGACGAAUGCGGGGUCGCCCCCCUCGUCCUUACCAGAGGUUAUGCAGGUGGUGACGAGGCCAAAAUGCUUAAAAGGCACCUCCAGGAUACUUCUGCAAUAAUUGGCAUAGGUGCUAACAGGGCAGCUACUGCUGCUUCUUUGCUCAAUAAACAUGGUUAUACUGAUGCUUGCCGUGUGUUAUGUAUGGAGGACCAUACAUUGCCACACAAGUUCGGACCUCACUCUGACAAUGGAAAAGUUGGUGUGGUAAUAUUGGAUGAUGGGAUGCAGCACUGGAGUUUGUUGCGUAAUGUGGAAAUCGUUAUGGUAAAUAGCAUGAUGCCAUGGGGGAACUCUCACCUUAUCCCACGUGGACCUUUGAGGGAACCAUUAAGUGCACUUGGUCGAGCGGACAUUUUAGUUAUCCAUCACGCGGAUUUGGUGUCUGAUAUGCAGCUUAAAAUCAUUGAAUCAACAGUCCUAUAUAUAUGUGCAACCCUGCCAAUGUUCUUCAGUAGAUUAGUCCCGUCACAUCUCUUCGGAGUUAAGAAUCCUCAUUCAAGAUUCCCGCUAACUAUGUUGAAUAAUUCUGCUGUAUUAUGUGUAUCUGGAAUUGGCUUCCCAUAUGCCUUUUUCCACGCAGUUAGAGAGCUUGGACCAUUGCAUGUUGGUAGACUGGACUUCCUUGAUCAUCAUCCUUUUAAAGCUAGCGAUAUCCAAUUGAUCAGAGAGAAAGCUGCAAAGCUUGCUGCUGACUACAAUAAGGAGACAGUUGUCGUAGUAACAGAGAAGAAUUCGAACUUGGGACCUCGGAUACCAACCACCAAAUCCUUUGCCACUUGCUCUAGGGACAGUCGGAUUAUGAUCGCAAUCCACAUAUUCUCGGAGAGAUAGAUGACAUAAAUGUUUUGGUCCUGUGUUCUUCUUUGCAAAUCAUGCCUUUAGAGGGAAAAAGCGAGGAUGAUUUUAGAAUGAAGCUGAAGGAGCUUCUAAUUAGAACAAAAUCUGCCCCGUGACCUCAUUGUGUACAGCGGUGCGUUGUAUCCUAAAUCGUCGGGUUAUUAGGGUAAAGUCUAAGGUAUGCUUAUGCUUUUGGUGCUACUCGAGGUUAUUGUAUCCCUGUGGGUCUGAAAAUUUUGAUUCUUUUAACAUACUUAUUUCGCUAUUUUAACAGAUGAUCAGAUGUAGAACCUCAAUUGGAAACUAUGUAGCAAUUAUCAUAAGGGAUCCUUAUUGACA